AUGAAAACUUACCUAAUUCACCUAAUUCACUCAUGUCUGAACUUUCGUAGUGCGGAAAUCGACGCACUGUGUGAGAUGCUACAUGCAAAAAUAACUUAUGAAAUAAAGGAAGGGACCCCAUUUUGCAUUGUGAAAACGGAGAAUGGUGAUUCCUUGUCGCGCGUUGUCUCUCGUAGUGUUUUGUCACGAUACGCUUUCGAAAUCUGGGCAGCUGCCGGUUCUUAUUCCGAACUCUUUACGAAGGUGAAGACAAAGCUGCAGGACUAUCAGGAAUGCUUUAAAGGAAAACCGUCAUACAGGUUUUCUGUAGAAAGUUUCGGCAGAACAUUGAGUCAGGACUACAAAGUUGAGAGAAUCGAGGAAUUCGGUUUUCUUCCUUUGAAAGGAGCCGUGAAACUGAAAGACCCGGAAAUCGAAUUUUGCGUUGUCGAAUAUUACACCUCGCCGCGGGACCAAACGUCCGUUGAUCUCAAAACGGUGUUUUUUGGCAAGAUGAUUGCUCAUGGCUGUUGCCGGACUCCAUAUCUCUAUGAUCUGAAACACAGGAAGUACAUCGGCAACACCUCUAUGGAUCCGCUGAUGUCUUUUUUGAUGAACAACAUUGGCAAGGUGCGGCAAUAUGAUCUUGUUUAUGACCCUUUUGUCGGUUCAGGUGAGUCUGUUUGUUCGUCGAGUCACCGUUUGUUUGUAAGGCUUCUUUGGUUUGUGAUGUGCUCUGCGUUCUCAUCUUUACGAUACUUUUACUAUAAAGUAUUGAUUUCAGCAUAGUA